UAAAGUUUUUUCUAUAUUCAGUUUUUGUAACGACUUUAUAGCAGUUACCAAAAAAGAAAAAAAGGGUAGAAGAAGAAAAGAGAAAUGCUAAGUAGCAGAGUAACAGCAGCAAUUUCUUCUUCUACUACUACAACUUUUUUAUUUAAUAACCCCAAAAUCUUAUCCAAAAAAUUCCCUUACAUUUCUAACCCAUUGAACAAUUCUGCAAAAUCCAUUAAAUGGAAUUGUAGGAAUUCAAGAAUGGAGAAAUCUGCAUCAAGUUUUGUUACUAAAGCUUCAGCUAAGCCCCUUACAAAUCCUGGAGAAUUAAUUGAUUCUGUUGAAACCUUCAUCUUUGAUUGCGAUGGAGUUAUAUGGAAAGGAGAUAAACUGAUAGACGGGGUCCCUGAAACUCUGGAUUUGCUCAGAGAAAAGGGAAAAAGAUUAGUUUUUGUUACAAACAACUCAACAAAGUCCAGAAAGCAGUAUGGGAAAAAGUUUGAAACACUUGGUCUUAGUGUCAGCGAGGAGGAAAUUUUUGCUUCAUCCUUUGCUGCAGCUGCUUAUUUGAAGUCUAUUGACUUCCCAAAAGAUAAAAAGGUGUACGUUGUUGGUGAGGAAGGCAUCUUGAAGGAGCUUGAGUUAGCUGGCAUUCAACAUAUUGGUGGACCGGAAGACGGUGACAAGAAAAUAGAGCUAAAGCCUGGAUAUAUGAUGGAGCAGGAUAAGGAUGUCGGAGCUGUUGUUGUUGGAUUUGACCGCUAUUUCAACUACCACAAGAUUCAGUAUGCUACCCUGUGCAUACGUGAAAAUCCAGGAUGUCUCUUUAUUGCUACAAACCGCGACGCUGUUACCCAUCUCACAGAUGCUCAGGAAUGGGCAGGUGGUGGUUCAAUGGUUGGUGCAAUCCUAGGCUCUACAAAGCGUGAACCGCUUGUUGUAGGAAAACCGUCAACCUUCAUGAUGGACUACUUGGCUAAUGAGUUUAACAUCCAGAAGUCCCAGAUAUGCAUGGUUGGCGACAGACUAGAUACUGAUAUACUAUUCGGACAAAAUGGCGGUUGCAAAACUCUUCUGGUUCUCUCAGGUGUGACAUCUUUAUCGAUGCUUCAAGAUCCCAAAAACUCUAUACAACCAGAUUUCUACGCCAACAAGAUUUCCGAUUUCCUCUCUAUCAAAGCGACUGCAGUUUGAGCAAAUCCCCUGAUUAUCUCUAUAUGUGAUUCCAUUCUUUGCGACUGCUAUGUAUUUAGAAAUGCACUUCAUUUGUGCAUCCACUUACCCUUUUAGUUAAAAGGUGGGAGCUUGAAACUAGGCUAUAUCUGAGAAACUACACAUUGCUUUGUAAAGAUUAUCAAACCAUAUGAGCUUUUAAAAAAUAAUGGUUCUUGGAAAAAUGAAGUCUAAGCUCAA